UGAUCAUCAUCACCGACUUGUCGUAGUUGCUUCGAAGGCAUAAUAUUGUUGCCUUGGAUCAGAAGCAAUGGCCGCCUUCUCCUCUUCCCCCGCUCCGUCGGAGUUCUCCUUUGGAUCUUCUCCCCUGCAAAGACCCAAACUCCACAUGAAGCGGAGAUCAGCGUUGCUUGUUGCUGCUUGUGACAAGGACGCCAAUGACCACGACUUCAGCGGUCGGCUUGUCGACGAGAACAUGGCCGUGCUCCGUGAGAGGAUUCACGAGAUGAAGGUGGGCGUGAAGAAGUACGAGGCGCCGUCGGAGUGGAUGGGGUGGGAGAAGCAAUACCACGAGAGAUACCGAUUAGAUGUUUGUGAACUCAUGGGGAUGGUGCAGAGGUGGUUGCUGAGCUCUCGGCCCUGUGUGGGCUUGGCGUGCGUGGCGGUGGUCGCGUUGAGCUUGCCAACGACGGUGCUCGUGACCGUAUUCUAUCGAGUGAUGUCCGUCGUUGCCGGAGGUGGUGGCGGCGGCGGUGGUUCGUGAGCGAGGUGGGCAUGAAUCGUGUUGGUUAACGUACGUGUGCAUGAAAAUGUUGGAUCGAGUUGACGUGCAGUCGUGGGGUGUUUGUACUAUUGUUUUGCUAUCAAAUGAACGCACAGUCCAAAUAAGAAGCCGACAGUCCAUGUAACUGACGACUUGCUUGUGAACGAAUUGGCUGAGCC